GUUCUUCAGUCCCGGAAUUCUUAACUGCGUGUGGCCGCUGGACGCAAAGUGCGAACACAACGCAACGACGAGACAGGACAGCCUUCUGCCACCGAUAUGCGGGCCGGACAGGUGUGAAACGGGGCUCAAGAAGAGAGAUUACUCAGACUGUACGCAUUAUUUUAUGUGCAAUGGAACGUUUGAAGACCGGCGAGAAUGUCCAGCUGGUCAACAUUUUAAUACGAGGAGCAAUGACUGUGAUGAUCAGUGCACGGCGGGUUGUGAGAACCCGUGCACAAUUCCGGAAUGCCAGAAUUACUGCAGAUGUGACGAGAACACACCUCCGAAGGUAGAUCCUUACGACUGCACAGUCUGCGAAGUUUGCAGAGGUGGCAAAAUUGUGAAGGAGAGGUGUCCCUCAACAACAUGUCGCACAAAGCCGUGCGAUCGCACCAAACACCCUGAAGACUGCCAAGGUUUCUUUGAUAACUGCACCACGGCGUGGACGAGGUGUGAAGACAACCUUCACUUCAACCCAGUAACACAGAUGUGUGAAGAUCCCUGCACAGUGGGGUGUAAGCCCCCUUGUGAAAUUGCAGGGUGCGCGUGUCCAUGUGACGAGAACACACCUCCGAAGGUAGAUCCUUACGACUGCACAGUCUGCGAAGUUUGCAGAGGUGGGAAAAUUGUGAAGGAGAGGUGCCCACUGAGUCUAAAGGACACAUGUCCAGAAAGUAAGUGCUGUGAACUCAGAAGACACGAAACAGAUUGUCAUUUAUACUACAAUUACUGCAGUAUGACUUGGUCUCGUUGUCCAGGAGACCUACACUUCAACGAGGUCACUCGAACUUGCGACCACCCUUGCAGAGCUGGCUGUAAGGAUCGGCGAGAAAUCGGGGCGUGCUGUCCUGCUGACGGAGAAGUUUAUGAAGAUCCAUGUACUUGCGACAUGUACUACCUGUGUACGAACGGCAUUAAAGAACUUGUUAAGUGCGAAGACGGUCUGCAGUAUAACAACACUCUAGGCCGUUGCGAUAAUUCGUGCAGCGGUGGCUGCCCAAAACUUUUCGCAGGAAACCCGGAAUGCUGUGCCUCUACAAGCGGAAAGCCUGAACCCCAGUGCCCCGCGACCACGUACCCCAUAUUCUUGCCACACCCAAGCAGCAGUCAGUUCUUCUACAAGUGCGUGAACGGUGUUCGAUCCUGCAUCCGUUGCCCUUUGCAACGUCGGUGGAACACUGAUACGGAUACCUGCGAUGAGACGGCUUGUUCCAGGCCCGAGACGCCAUUCUACUGUUUUAUUCCUCGUCUCCGGUGCGCCCUACAGUAUCAUCCUAACAACAUCUGGUUACGAAUCCCACUGAGUCUAAAGGACACAUGUCCAGAAAGUAAGUGCUGUGAACUCAGAAGACACGAAACAGAUUGUCAUUUAUACUACAAUUAUUGCAGUAUGACUUGGUCUCGUUGUCCAGGAGACCUACACUUCAACGAGGUCACUCGAACUUGCGACCACCCUUGCAGAGCUGGCUGUAAGGAUCGGCGAGAAAUCGGGGCGUGCUGUCCUGCUGACGGAGAAGUUUAUGAAGAUCCAUGUACUUGCGACAUGUACUACCUGUGUACGAACGGCAUUAAAGAACUUGUUAAGUGCGAAGACGGUCUGCAGUAUAACAACACUCUAGGCCGUUGCGAUAAUUCGUGCAGCGGUGGCUGCCCAAAACUUUUCGCAGGAAACCCGGAAUGCUGUGCCUCUACAAGCGGAAAGCCUGAACCCCAGUGCCCCGCGACCACGUACCCCAUAUUCUUGCCACACCCAAGCAGCAGUCAGUUCUUCUACAAGUGCGUGAACGGUGUUCGAUCCUGCAUCCGUUGCCCUUUGCAACGUCGGUGGAACACUGAUACGGAUACCUGCGAUGAGACGGCUUGUUCCAGGCCCGAGACGCCAUUCUACUGACACCCAGGUCACACCAGGUACCGAGUUCUCUGAAAAUCUUUUGAUCUGUUCACAGUUUCUGAAGCCUUUCAAGUUUGCUUUUGAGAGACUAUUAUAAUUUCUCCAUAAGCCACAAAGCAGAAAAACAUUGCGCCAGGAUGUGUACGGGCGGUCAACCUCUGCUCUCAUGUUGAAGGAAUGAUCGGUCUUCAAGGCUAUCCGGUACCCUAGACCGUAACUCCCCUUAACGUCCUCCUCCUCCUCCUCCUCAAGCCACUGACUAAUUAGUGACGGUCCUGUAAAUCCUAACACCGAUGUAGAAACGUGAUAAUUAACCUGCGGGCACAGGAGGAAAACAAAAAACUCUGUUGUCACUCGUAGGAUGGAGGAACUAAAAAUAAAUCCAAGCAACACUGAAAGUAUGUGCAAUUAUGUAACUCACUUCAUUCACUUACGAAACGCCUUGCAAACCGGCAGCAAACAUUACUUAACGUUCCAAACGCGGCACAGCG